UAGUUAUUCAUUUAUCGUUGUUGGUGUGUGUAUGUGCGUGUUUAUUUCUUUCUUCGUCUUCUCUCUCAAACUCUGUGUGUAUAUAUAUUCUAUACAUACAAACACAAAUACUUAUAUGUAUAACGCGGUGAGUUGAGUUGAGUCGAGUAGUCGUGUUGAUUUACUGAGUCGAUCUGUCCGAGUUUGGUGUUCAAUUAAUUGUAAUUGACCGGGUCAAGGCGUCUCGAUCAAGGUUGAAGCGGAUUCUGAUGCAGAAUUGAGUCAGCGCUGAAAGAUAUAGUUCUGUGGUAGAGAAGAUGUUGGAGGGUACAAAGUUUACUGGAAUUAUAGACCUGAAUAGCCACCAUGAAUAUGAUAUUUCACAAGUCUUUUAUCGGAAGCUUGGCGAAGGCUCAAACAUGUCAAUUGAUAGUCUUGGGAGCUUGCAAUUGAGCAAUGGCGGAGGUUCAGUUGCCAUGUCUGUUGAUAAUAGCAGUGUUGGUUCCAAUGAUUCCCACACUCGCAUCCUAAAUCACCAGGGACUUAAACGUGUCAACAAUAACUACUCUGUUGCCCAUAGUGCUAAUCGUGGAAAGGUCUCUAGCCUUAGUGAUGAUGCACUAGCUCAGGCUCUGAUGGACAAUCGUUUCCCAUCACAGGGCCUUCAGAAUUUCGAUGAGUGGACCAUCGAUCUCAGGAAGCUUAACAUGGGUCCAGCUUUUGCACAGGGUGCCUUUGGGAAACUAUAUAAAGGUACUUACAAUGGCGUGGAUGUGGCCAUCAAGCUUUUGGAGAGGCCAGAAAAUGACCUGGAAAGGGCUCAAUUGAUGGAGCAACAGUUUCAGCAGGAGGUAAUGAUGUUGGCAACUUUAAAACAUCCAAACAUAGUUCGGUUUGUUGGCGGGUGUCGCAAACCCAUGGUCUGGUGCAUCGUCACAGAAUAUGCAAAGGGUGGCUCAGUUCGACAGUUCUUGGCAAAGAGACAAAAUCGAGCAGUGCCUUUAAAACUUGCUGUAAAGCAGGCAUUGGAUGUUGCGAGAGGGAUGGAAUACGUUCAUGCACUUGGUUACAUACACAGGGACUUGAAAUCUGACAACUUAUUGAUAUCUGCUGACAAGUCGAUCAAAAUUGCAGAUUUCGGUGUUGCUAGAAUUGAAGUGCAGACUGAAGGAAUGACUCCAGAGACAGGAACCUAUCGCUGGAUGGCUCCGGAAAUGAUCCAGCACAGGCAGUACACCCAUAAGGUUGAUGUUUAUAGCUUUGGGAUUGUCCUGUGGGAACUUAUUACAGGAAUGCUACCAUUUCAGAACAUGACCGCGGUACAGGCAGCAUUUGCAGUUGUCAACAAAGGUGUUCGUCCAAAUCUUCCAAAUGACUGCCUCCCCGUCCUUGGUGAGAUCAUGACUCGAUGCUGGGACAGUAACCCUGAUGUCCGGCCACCAUUCACCGAGAUUGUCAGAAUGCUAGAGCAUGCUGAGACUGAGAUCAUGACAACUGUUCGGAAGGCCCGAUUCAGGUGCUGCAUGAGCCAGCCAAUGACUACUGACUGAUGCAGUAAAAAGAAGGAACUUACAGCUCUUAAGAAAGAAAGAGUAAACAAUUUGAAAAGCAAAAAAGUUGGUUAAAAACAGGAAGCUGAAAGAGGUGACUUUAUGUCAGUCUUGUGUAUCUAUCAGGGUUAAUUUCUUUCUUUAAGAUAGAGAAGAGAAAGAAAGUUCGUGAUAAGAACUGCUUAAUUUGUGGUUUUCAUUUUUAUGGAUUUAUGUUGCUGAAUCAGUUGUAGUUAUAGGAGAGAUUUGAUGUGUAUUUUAUAUAAAGCUUUUUCUUUCUACUA